CAACAAGCUCCAUGCAUGGUCGGAACGGAGCCUCAUCAGGGGAAAUGCUUGUUUGUGCAUAAAAACAAACAUGCGUAGUAAACACCAUCACCAGUGAAUCAAAUGCACCAGACCCACCACAGCACGCACAUGUACCCACCUCAUCAAGAGGCUCCGACCAGGGGAGAAACCAUCUAAGGCAAUACGAAACCCUCUUCUUAUUUUGGGCAGAAGCCACAAAUGCAGCAACUACAGUCUCUCUAGCUACUUUGAUCGAUCAGUCACAUAAACGGUCAAUAACCCAAACCAUGAGAGACUCUGACCCUGCCACGGCCUUAAACACAGCUCCAGUGCUGCGCAAGAAGGGCACAGGCGUCCGGACCUGGCUCAUGCUGGACUCGACGGGCCAGAACCAGGUGUUGGAGGCCGGCAAGUACUCGAUCAUGCGGCGAACGGGGCUGCCAGCAAGAGACCUGCGCGUUCUUGAUCCUUUUCUGUCAUACCCAUCAACGGUUUUGGGUAGGGAGAGAGCGAUCGUUAUCAAUUUAGAGCAUAUAAAGGCAAUAAUCAUGGCAAAGGAGGUACUGGUAUUGAACUCUGAAGAUCCUUUCGUUAAGCCAUUUGUUCAGGAGCUGGAGAGAAGAAUCCUCUGCUAUCUCCAAGCUACUAAAACCCAGGAUGAUGGUGAGGAAGAUUCAAAACAAUCCGAGCUUGUAAGGCCUGAAAAACUUUUGGAAGAUUUUUUUGAAGACAAGGGAAGUAUGGCAGAGAGGAAACAAGGUUUCAAGAACCAAGAUGGCUCCAAGGUCCUUCCCUUCGAGUUUGUCGCUUUGGAGGCAUGCCUUGAGGCAGCUUGCAGCAUCUUGGAAAAUGAAGCAAAUACCUUGGAGCUAGAGGCUCAUCCUGCCUUGGACAAGCUUACUUCUCACAUCAGUACUCUAAACCUGGAAAGAGUCCGCCAAAUCAAGAGUCGUAUAGUUGCCACAACUGGACGUGUUCAAAGAGUAAGGGAUGAAUUAGAGCACUUACUAGAUGAUGAUGGAGAUAUGGCUGAGAUGUAUCUGACCAACAAGUUGUUUCAACGACACCUUGAACCCUCCUCCACUUCCUCUACAAAUGAAGGAGAUGAAUCUGAUUAUGAAGAUGCAGGAGUAGACGACAGAAUGGUUCCCUCUGAAAUCUUAUUGGAAGCUCAUGGAGACAAUGGCAGCCAUGGUACUUAUGCCAAUUCUAACAUCAGGGACUUCAAUGUAGGAGAGUUGGAAAUGCUCUUGGAGGCAUACUUUGUGCAAACUGAUGGCACACUAAACAAACUAUCCACGCUGAGGGAAUAUGUGGAUGACACAGAGGACUACAUAAAUAUAAUGCUGGAUGAGAAACAGAACCAGCUGCUGCAAAUGGGGGUGAUGUUGACAACAGCAACUCUAGUUUUGACAGCGUUUGUUGUUUUGGCUGGUGUUCUUGGUAUGAAUAUAAGAAUUCAUUUGUUCAAAAUAAGUGUGCAAGAAGGAAUGCCAAAAUGGCUUUGGACUACUGGCAGCUCCAGUGCAGGGGUCAUUGCACUGUAUGUGAUGGCUAUUGGCUGGUACAAGUACAAGGGAUACAUAUAGCAUCUAAGUGUCUAUUAUACAUGUGCAUAGAUGUUGGAGCUUGCUUCUUCUGAGCACUAGUUAACAACAUUCUAUACGUCAUAUACACAUUGUAGAAAUCUUCUAAUAGGGUAAUUACUAUUAAACCUCCA